UUUUAUCAUUCAUAUAAAACCUCGCAAUCAUACAAGGUCUAUAUGGAAAACUCAAACAAAAACGUUUUUUUCGUCCUGGCGAUUCUGGCAGGGGUUUAUAUGAUUGGGACGUGUGAGGGAGCUCCCGAGCCCCGUUACAGGUUUGUGAGACCGAGUGCCGAGGAGAAUGAUUAUGUUUACAAAUAUAUUCCAGACAUCAGGAAACUUCUAGAACUCAAUCCGACCCCCAGAGUGUUUUUAACAGAGAAACGAGGGAUUGAUUUUGGACUCGGACGAGGGUACUCAGGUUCUCAGGCUGCCCGACAUAUGCUUGGCCUGCAGCAAGCAAGCUUUGCUGGAGGACCAGGAAAAAGAUCCGACCCGUACAUGAAUUUGGAUCAGGAGAUGUAUUAAACCCUGCUGGGGAGCUGGUUUAGAACCCGCAGAAAUAUUUGAUUACAAUGUUUAGAUUGAAACCUUAGAAAAUCAUGUGAUCUGCCGCAACAUGUACAUACAAUAAAAUAUAGAUUUACUAGUUCGUCUUA